AUGAUUAACAAGUUUACGAUUGAUCCAGGUCACAAAAGCUCUCUCUUCAACUUGGCAUUGAUGUGCCACAAUGAGCUCAAUGACUCGUUGGCUUCAAUUCCUCUUCUUCAUAAACUCAUUGAAACGUAUUCGGAUCACUUCAAGUCCUAUAUGCUUCUUGGGGACAUUGAACUUUCCGUCCUGAAAAAUUCAACCACAGCAACCAAGCUCUUUGAAAAGGCGACAAAUCUCUCACCGAAUAGCCUUCAAGCGCGUCAUAACUACUGUGUGACCGUCAAUGAGGAUACUGGUGACCUUGAGAGGGGUGAGGAAUGUCUCAAAUUUGCCUCCUCGCUUGCUGAUUCCAACAAUCCAAAUGACGAAUUUGUUUUCCGACAUUUGGCUAUGAUUCGAGCCAAACGACAAGCAAGGGAUCCGUUGAUUUAA